CUCUUUCUCUCUCUUCCUUUCCUCUUCACUCUUCUGUUUCUUCUCGGAGCUGACAAUCACCCUCUCUUGUAUUGUGUCCUGUUCUGCAAUAUGGCGUCCCUAUCCAACUUUGUCGACUUGUCUCAACCAUCCCUGCAGUGGGCUGCGUUGUCCAUUGCCUUCAACCCCAUUUUCUGGAACAUUGUUGCACGUGCUGAGUAUCGCAAUCACUUUCUGACUCGUAUCUUCGGUGGUAAUCCCUAUUACGGCUGCUACUUCCUCGCCGUCACCAUUUUCGGCAUUGGAAUCCUACGCGACCACGUCUACCAAACGGCCCUAGCAGACCAGCCUUACUAUGCCCCAGUGCACCAACCCGUCCUCGGCGGGCUUCUCUUCUCCGUCGGCUCGGUUCUCGUCCUAUCCAGCAUGUGGGCGCUCGGUGUGACCGGCACCUACUUGGGAGACUAUUUCGGAAUCCUCAUGGAUGCACCCGUCACUGGGUUUCCCUUCAACGUCACCGGCUCGCCAAUGUACUGGGGAAGCACCCUCAACUUCUUGGGUGUAGCCCUGUACAGAGGUAAAGUCGCAGGACUGUUCUUGACGGCCGAAGUUUUCAUUCUCUACUGGUUCGCUCUCCAAUGGGAGGAUCCCUUCACUGCCGAAAUCUACGCCAAGCGCGAGCGCGAGCGUGCCAAGGGCAAGCAAGGCGGCAAGAAGAACCUGUAACUUCAGCCAGUACCUUCCGACAGGCAAUUCGAUAUUCGAUGUUCUGUUAGGGAGCAGUGGUGCCCCUCCCACCGCGGGCCUUCCCUGGCACUGAUAUACAUCAUCCCAUGCGGAUUGCGAUGCAGCUCUCUUUCUCCCCAACGCGCCAAUGAAAGGGAGCUCUAGGGCGUCUUCAACACAUCACUAAGCCCUUCUCGCUCUCGCAUGAAAUCGGAAUCACCACACCAUCAACCUGCCUACUGUCCCCCAACACAUAACCUCACUCUAAGGCAGCCUCACCGGCAGUCCGUCCAGCAGAGGGAGUGAAAAAUGCACCCCCCCCCCCCCCCC